AUGAGAGAUCAUUCUUCUGUUAUUCCAUUAUUGAAAACAAUUGGUCCUUUUAAUGAAGUAGCAGAUGAUUAUAAUUAUCAAUCUGCUUGGGAUAGAUUAUCAACUUCAAAAAUUUUAGUUAUUGGUGCUGGUGGUUUAGGUUGUGAAAUUCUUAAAAAUUUAGCAUUGACUGGUUUUAAAAAUAUUCAUGUUAUUGAUAUGGAUACAAUUGAUUUAUCAAAUUUAAAUAGACAAUUUUUAUUUAGACAUAAAGAUAUUGGUAAAAGUAAAAGUGAAAUUGCUGCGAAUUUUAUAAAACAAAGAAUAGGCGAAGAUAAUAUAAAUAUAAUACCAUUUUUUGGUAAAAUUCAAGAUAAAUCAAUUGAAUUUUAUAGUCAAUUUGAUUUAGUUAUAAGUGGAUUAGAUUCAAUUGAAGCUAGAAGAUGGAUAAAUGCAACUUUGGUAAAUUUAUCAUCAUCAAAUAAUAAGAUUAUACCUUUAAUAGAUGGUGGUACUGAAGGUUUUAGAGGUCAACUGAGAGUUAUAAUCCCAAGUUUUACUUCUUGUUUUGAAUGUACUUUAGAUUUAAUGAGUCAAAAAAUUACAUAUCCAGUUUGUACAAUUGCAAAUACUCCCAGACUACCUGAACAUUGUAUUGAAUGGGCUCAUCUAAUUCAAUGGAAUAUAGAAUUUGGUCUGACAAAGAAGUUUGAUGCUGAUAUUCCACAACAUAUUCAAUGGAUGUAUGAAACUGCUUUAAAUAGAGCAAAAAUUUUUAAAAUUGAAGGUGUUACAAAACAAUUGACUUUGGGAGUAUGUAAAAAUAUUAUACCUGCAAUUGCAUCAACAAAUUCUAUAAUUGCAGCUAGUUGUUGUAAUGAAGCAUUUAAACUUUUAACUGAUUCAAAUCCUUAUUUAAAUAAUUAUAUGUCAUAUAGUGGUGAUUAUUCAAUUUAUACAUAUACUUUUGAAAAUAAUAAACGAUCAAAUUGUUCAGUUUGUGGUUCAUUACCUAAAAAGAUAUAUGUUGAAAGUUAUAAGACUCUACAACAAUUUAUUGAAGAUAUUAAAGAUAAACAAGAAAUUCAAAUUAAAAAUCCAAGUAUAAGUUCAAUUAGUGGUCCAUUAUAUAUGAGUUCACCAACUGAAUUACAAAAAAUAACUAAAAAUAAUUUAUCAAAAAAACUUAAUAAAUUAAUUUCAAAUGGUGAUGAAAUUGUAAUUACUGAUGUUAAUUUACCUAUUAGUUUAAGAUUAAUUGUAUAUUUUACAAGUGAUGAAAAAGAUCCAGAAUUAAAUUAA